CCGCCGUUUAUGGGUCGAUAACUUCACCAACAGCAGCCUUUCAGCACAUCAUUUGUUCUCGCUCUCAUACUCGCCCUGUAUAUUCCAGCGACCUGAUCCCACGCUUCUCCCCUCUCAAAUGGAAUUGCCCCUCCUCAAUUAGCAGUCUCGCAGCCGGGCCAUGGCCUCCGCGUUCGCAUCCCAACUGCGAGCCAUCGCCGCAAAUUCCUCCCACGAAUUGGACCUGAAGGCUCGUCGUGAAGCACAUGCCCAAUCUCUCAUCUUCGAUCAAAGUGUCGCUGUCAAACAAGACUGGGAUACAAUCUACCAAGUAUGCCUCGACGGCUUUCAAGAGUUGUGCCUUCUCGACUCGAGGUUGAAGGAGUUCGACAAUAAUCUCUUCAGUCCACAUUCCAAAGAGCAGGACCGCGAUCAACUUACAAAAUCUCAAAAUGACGCUCUCAGUCUUGUCAUUGAACGAUGCUUGGCCCUCAUCGGAGCCAAGGUCUUACUCCGUCCCGGUAUCAAAGCAGUUGAAUGGCUUGUGAGAAGGUUCCGCGCCCACGUGCUCGAUACCACUGCUUUGCUCUGCACCUUCCUGCCCUACCAUGAAUCCCCAGUGUUUCGAAACAUCCUCAGCCUCAUCCCCGCAAACAAAAUAACAAACGAUUGGAAGUUUCUGGGCCCGUACCACAAGAAUGCUGCCAACGUCCCUCGCCACGCUAUCGUUUACAGCGCAACCCACAACGACGCCUUCUUUUCAACAUUCAACUCCUAUGUCCUGCGAGCAUGCGAAGAUGGCGGCAGCCAGACACAACUUUUACGCUUUUGGGGAAGCUUAGUCGUCGAGGCCAUUACAGGACGCUUGCAACAGACCAAGAGCGGGCGGGCAGAGGUGCAGAAACAGAGGCAGGCCGAUGCCCUCCUCAAGAUUCUACCCAUCUUGAUCGGCGGCUUCGAGAUUCGGACUUGUCCGGAAAUGACACUUUGCUGUUUCACCAUCUCCAUUGUUCUGGCUAGUAAUGCCAUGCUCGAUGACACUGUCAUUGACUCUCUGGCUGACGCCGUUGUUUCGUUCCUCAACGCUAAUGAAACAGAGAUUGAUUCCGUCUUGACAACCUUGAGCGUCCUCAUCGCCAACAAAUCAGAGAGAAAGGUUUCAAAGUCUGUCUUGCGCGAUUUAACAAGCCUUGCCAAUCUCCACGAGCGUUUAGUCCACCUUCUUCCUCAAGCUCCGGUAGCUGGUCUCCUCGAAGCCUUGUUGUCUUCGUCUCUGGUUGGUUUGAGGAAGAAGAAUUUUGGACCGCGGCUUGAAUAUGUCUCUUCAGCUCUGAGUCGGUCCUUUGAUAUUCUCGACGGCUCCGCGUGGAGUCGAGUGCUCGUACGCCUACUCCAGAAAGUCGAGAGUCUCGACCCCACGGAUGCCGUUGAAGCCGCGAUAAGAGCACGGAUUCUCACGAUUUUGCAGAACGCAGCAGACAGCCCUCAGCUGUCAGGCCUUUUGGCUGAAGCAGCUGUCGCAACUGGCAAAUCUCUUGCUGACUUGGAGCUUAUCGUUGGUUCUACGCUUGUGGUUCGCAGCCAAUCGCAAUCUCGUGAUGCUUCAUCAAAUGACCAGGCCUCUGAAACCCUAGUCAAGGAACCACAGACCGCUGUCAUCGAGUCUGUUCUGGCUUCUCUGCCUGCGACAAUAUCGGAGAACUCAUUCAUUGUCGCGCCGAGGCCUGUUUUCGAGGAGUUUGCGAACGCGUACGCUUCAUGUUAUACAAACCAAUCGACCCUGCAGAAGUUUCAAGCACUUGCUCUUUGGAGCUCAAAUUUGUCAACAGCACCAGCUCUGUACGAGAGUUUUGUGCUGAGGUUAGCAUGCAGUAUUGCUCCUGGUGACCAGCGAGCUGCAGCUCUUCUCACACUUCCAACGAGACCUCAUUUCGGCUCUGAGGACCUACAUCAGCUACUUCUACCCUAUCUGACCAUCCUUCUCACAGAUGCCUCUCGGCCUGUAAGACAAGCAGCGUCUUCAGUGACGAUAGCAAUCCGAAGUUCUGCGACACAAUCCCAACAACUUGACAAAGCCACUAGUUCAAGUCUGGACACCUUACAGGACACUUUCACAUCCGCCGAGGUCAGACGGAUCCCCCACGGAAACAUUCUGAAAAUUCUUGACCAAGCAUAUCUGCCAGUAUUGGAAGAAUGCGUUCUCGACGCAAGUCAGAUGGGCAAAGUUCUACAAAUUGCGCUAGACAGUACAUCGCCAUCGUCUUCAAGUGGGCCGAAAGUCCACAUGGAGUUGAAGAAGUCCCUUCGCCAAAAUCUCUUUGAUCUUCUUGCCACAUUUGCAACUGUUUGUCCGCUCAUCAAGGCGAAGGUUGCUGUUGUUGAACUGCUUGUGGGCGUACACAAAGUCAGCUCGACGACGUCAGCCAGGGCUCUCGCAUCUGUGUUGAAAGAUUGGUCAGAUCUGACCGCCGCCGAUGCUGCGCAAGCUACCGUGGCAACAGGCUUGUCAUUGUCUGACGUGGAUGAUAUUUUGGUUCAGCUCAUCCGUCCAUCGGAUAAGGAAGCAGUGGAUCGCAUCCUAGACAUGGUCGAAGGUGCCGACGCCACUGUACGACCUGAAUUGACUGCUGCAUUCUUCAACCGCAUUGCAUUGGUGUGGAAAGACCUUCGCACUGAUGCUCAGCUUUCUGCGUCGACUAGACUAUUCAACAUGGCAUUCUCAAAGAGAGCUGCUGUGGCCACUGGAAGCAGGCACGUUCUCCUCACGAACGCCCUUUCUACCGAGAUUCUUGCCACACUCCUUGACUUUGCAAGUUCCGGUCUUGCGCAAUUGCAGUCAGAAGGGCCUGCCAAAAAGCGCAGAAGAACAAGUCAUGGUCGGGAAAGUCUUUCUAAACAUGUUGUGGUGGAAUUCGAGUCGGCAAUCUCCCGUCUCACAUUUGCCUUGGAAAUCGUGGACAGCUCCAAGCCCGAGACACAUCCAGGCCUGUUGAACGACUUGUUUGAGGGUUUGGUCACACUACGUCGCAUCAAGGACAGAGGCACAUCCGAGUCACCUUAUCUGCUUACUUUGUGCCUGAGCAGCAUUCUAGCCAUUGUACAGAAAUCUCUGACUUUACGGAAGCCCAACAUUGAUAUUUCUGCUAUUCGUGCCGACUUGAUCACAGAUUGUGUUCGAUCCUCAGACAAUCCUCAGGUCCAAACAACGGCUCUGCUGCUGGCUGCUUCUGUCGCUUCAAUUGCGCCAGAUAGAAUUUUGCACAACAUCAUGCCCAUCUUCACCUUUACUGGACACAAUCUUUUCGCCAAGGAAGAUGACCGUUCCGUUUUUGUCACAAAUCAAGCUAUCGACCAGAUUAUUCCUCCACUAGUGGCUUCACUCAAAAGACAGGACGCUACCAACCUCAUCGAUGCGACCUCAAGCUUGCUGGUUAGCUUUGUGGCGGCGUACGAUCAUAUUCCUCAACAUCGUCGCGUCGCGUUUUAUCAUCGUUUACUCAACAGGUUAGGGGCGGACGAUUUUGCGUUUGCCAUUAUUGCGCUGCUCCGGUCUAGAAGACCCACUGAUGACAUUUCGAAAUUCCUGACUGAUCUUGUUGAUGAUCUGCCUGCUAAGAGUCAACUUAUCACGUAUCACAAGCUGACUGGACUCUCCUCCGACAUCUUCGAGGCGAAACCGCAACAUGUUGAGGCUCUGUUAGGCAUCAAUGCAUCUUCAAGCAAUGAGAAGAAAGAAAAAUCUGCCGCUCUCAUCCUUGGUGUGGCGUCAGGUCUUCUGGAGUCGAAUAGUCUCAAGACACAGUUGCGACGAAUUCGGAAAGUGAAUGCUACUGUGGCGGACGAACUGCGAGGAUUGUAUCGGAUGUGUAUCCCACAGACCCUAUCAUUCCUGAAGAAGGCAAAGGAGCAGCAGCCAAAUGUUCUCCCAGCGGUCAAGUCUUGCCUUCACGCUCUCCUCGAGCUACCCUCGAUAGCUGAUCUCCUAAAUCUUGUGCCUUCCCUCCUGCUGGAGUUGCAGAAGCUAGAAGAUCAUGAUCUGCAGCCGCUUGCCCUGCGGGUUCUCGCCUCUCAACUUCAGCAUAAUGCUCCACGAGAUACACAUACGCGGUCAGAAGCAAUCGCUUUCCUCCCUGUACUGGGAGACUUGAUCACAUCCACCGAGAACGAGGCACUCCGGCACGCUUCCAUUUCUUGCAUUGACAGAAUUGUGGAAGUGUAUGGUCGAAAGAGCCCCGAGGCUGUUUUAUCUGCUUCAACAAUCCUUGUUGAAGGUGAACAUGGCCUUAGUUCGAAAGAUCCUAGGACUCAACUUAUGUCGCUUCUUUGCUUGGCUUCAAUGAUGGAGGCUCUUAAGGAGUCAGCCAUCCCUCUUGUCCCUACUUCAAUGGCAAAGUCGAUUGCAAUCCUGGAUUACACCUUACAAGACAAAGGCCGUGGCGUUGAUCUGCAUAAUGCAGUGUUCGCAUUGUUGUCAGCCUUGAUCGCCCAUGUCCCUUUUAUGCUUUCAGACGACAAUGUCGUUGACAUGCUGAAGAUGACAUAUAAAUCCUCUGUGAAAAUACUUGACGGCUCAAGCCAGGAAGCCAGAAAAGACGCUUUGACCCUUCUCGCUCACAAAUUGGAAAUCGGCACCAUCACGUCAAGUUUGACUGCUGCCUUGCCGGAUGUCGUGGUCGAAUUUGAUGAUGAAGGCACUGCACAAUUACUCGACGUACUGCUGCAAGCAAUUGAGCGGAAUUCCAAGUCGGUGGUAGUUCAAUCUUCUGAUUCAAUCUCGAAUCUUUUGCUACGCAUCCUCGACAUGCAUCGUCUGCUGCCUUCGAGCAAAUCUGUCUCCGCGAUCAGUGCCAAGAUGAAUAGCAUAUCUAUCGCUUUCAUCUACAAGUUGAACAAUACCAUCUUUCAGCCACUUUUCGAGACAUGGAUCGAUUGGGCAACGAAAGGCACCGACUUGGUGGACGACAAUUUUUCGCCGGCUGCCAAAACCGCUCGUCUUACGUCUCUUUUCGAUCUACUGACUCAUUUCUUCUCGUCGUUGAAAAGCAUUGUAACGUCAUAUGCGGCUUACAUCCUCGAGCCAGCAAAUACAGUUCUCAGCACCAUUCAUGCCUCGGCAACGGAUGAGAAAAGCGAGAUCAUGGCUGAUGAAUUGGCACUCUACACCUCAACUCUGCAUGUUUUGACGGCCGCUCUUACCCACGAUCAAGGCACUAUUGAUGAGGGAUCCCAAGAGGCAGACGACCCCGGGUUCUUCACUCGCCACUUUGAGCCAUUGGCAACCAAUCUUAUGCAACAACUCACUCUCAAUGGUGCGAAGAACAAAUCCCUUCGCAAGGUGGUGUCGACAUUGGUCCCGCAAACAAUUAUUGCUCUAGCGACAGCCACGAUGGACACACCAUCAAGACACCAAACCAUUAACCAUGCAUUGUGCCAACUUCGUCAUCAUGACAACACAGCAGUGCGGCUGGCAGGAAUUCGUAUGAAUCUAGCCAUCACAGAGGAUGAAGUUGUGGGAGAUGAAUGGAUCAACAACAUCGUGGUGGGCUCGAGUGGUGAGGGCGGCGUUGGUGGAGCAGGUGAGACAAUGGUUUAUGUCAACGAAGCGCUCGAGGACGACGAUGAAGAGGUGGAGAGAGAGGUGAGGCGAUGGGUCAGGUUGGUUCGGGGAAAGGUUGGGGAAGAUGUGUUUGAGAUAUAAAUUGAGGUCGCAGGUCGGCUUGUUUGUUGGCCUGAGGCCCUGUUCAAUAGAUGACACUUGACCUUAAGAACUUGACCUGGUAGUAGUAGUUUCCAAUAG